UGAAGAGUACCUAUCUUCAUGAAUGAAACCUAUAUUCAUGAGUCAUAAAUAAAGAUGUUAGUUUUUUAUUUUAGGCAGAAAUAAUACUUAUGUGUUUUAGGUAUGGAAGGAGAUAAUGACACACUACUCAUUAAAAUUGAACCAAAACAAGAGGAAGAAAUCGAUUCCUUUCUUCAAGGACACAUUUCAGUAAGCAACGAAGUUUUGGUGACAAUAAAGGACGAAGUUACCAUUAGUACACCAUGUUCUACAUCACUUUAUAAUGAAGAAGUAGAGCAACACUAUGACUUUCAACCUCAGCUUUUAACGCAAUGUAAAACAGUAUCUAAAGAGUUUAAAUGUGCUGAUUGUGAUUAUGAGACAAAUUAUAAAUCCGAACUUAAAAAACACCUUUUAAAACAUAAAGUUGCAAAGGAUUUUAAAUGUGCUACUUGUGAUUAUGUCACAACUAAUAAAUCCCUUCUUAUACAACAUCUUUUAAAACAUAAAGCUGUUAAGGAUUUUAAAUGUGUUGAUUGUGAUUAUGGGACAAAUUAUAAACGCAAUUUCAAACGACAUCUUUUAAUACAUACAGUUUCUAAGAAUUUUAAAUGUGCUGUUUGUAAUUAUGGGACAAAGAAUACACGGCACUACAAACAACAUCUUUUAAAUCAUAAAGAUACUAACGAUUUUAAAUGUGCAGAUUGUAAUUAUGAGACAAACUAUAAAAGCAACUUUAAGCAACAUCUUUUAAAACAUAAUGUUUCUAAGGAUUUUAAAUGUACUAGUUGUGAUUAUGAGACAAACUACAAAAGCAACUUUAACAAACAUCUCUCAUUACAUAAAGUUUCUAAGGAUUUCAAAUGUGCUAGUUGUGAUUAUGGCACAAAUUACAAACAACGCUUCAAACGACAUCUCUUAAAACAUAUAGUUUCUAAAGAUUUUAAAUGUGCUGAUUGUGAUUAUCAGACCAAUGAUAAAAUGUACUUGAGACAACAUCUUUUAACACAUAAAGUUUGCAAGGAUUUUAAAUGUGCUACUUGUGAUUAUGGGACAAAUAUUAAACACCAUACCUUUUAUAAGAUCGACAAGGAAACAUAA